CGUCUGCAACAAAAUGGAGAGAUUCGGGACGUCAACACGUCAGGACAUUGACGAUAAAAGACGGAACAUUCACGCCGACAAGACACAAAAGAGUAACACCCAAUCUGCAAAAUUGUUCAAGGAAUAUCUUACCAGUAAAAACCAUGAAGCGGACUUUGAAAGCUUUACAACACAACGUUUGGAUGAAGCGUUGUCUCAUUUCUACCUUGAUGUUAGAAAAAUAGAUGGUUCAAUGUAUAAAACCUCUUCCUUGGAAUCUAUUCGACAUGGCUUAAAUCGUUACCUUAAAGCACCUCCGAACAAUAAGGUAUUUGACAUUAUCAAAGAUACAGCUUUCCGAUAUGCAAAUAUGAGCUUUGACGCUGCGAGGGCCGAACUUAAACAAUCUGGAAAGGGAAACGUACAGCAUUAUCCAAUAAUACAGGAAUCUGACAGGGAGAAGCUAUACAAGUCAGUCUACUUUUCUACACAUACCCCCACAGGACUAUUUAAUAAAGUCCUGUAUGAUAUAAGACUGUACUUUUGUCGACGAGGUGCAGAAAAUAUGCAUACAAUGACCAAGUCAACCUUUGCUCUGAAAACAGACCCAGAUACUGGAAUGAGAUACAUCGAAAAGAUUUUAGAUGAAUUAACCAAAAACCAUAGAGGAAAUGAUAAGGAGACAACGAGUGGAGUCAUGCCAGAAGCUACAGGCUCAAUGUAUUGUCCAGUGGAUUCCUUUAUAAGAUAUACAGACAAACUGCACCCUGAUUGUGAUAGAUUGUGGCAGCGUCCAAGGGAUUGUUUUGUUGAUGAUGACAACGAAAUAUGGUAUUACAACGCACCUGUUGGAGAGAAAAAACUAAAAACAUUUAUGAGUGACUUGAGUUUGUCAUGUAAACUUAGCCAGAAAUAUACAAAUCAUUCAAUCAGAGCAACAGGAGCUUCAAUUUUGUCAAAAAAUAAAUUUAAUGAUGCUCAGAUAAUGUCUGUCACCGGUCACAAAUCCGUACAAUCUCUAUCUGUUUAUCAACGGGUAGACACGCAAGAAAAGUUAGAAAUGGGACAAACCCUGGGAAUAAUUAUGGGAGCUGUGCCCGCCCAAAUAGAGGCUUUACCAGCACCACCUAUAAGACCAGCACUACCAGCACCUCCCGCAAGAUUAGCACUUACUGAAAAUGGAUCUAUGGCGCCUGCUCUUAUUGAAGCAAACACUCCACAAACUUUGCAUUCCGAUUUCGAAGGAUUUGAUUUGAACGCUAUAUUAGGGGACUUUGAUUAUAAUGAAUCAUCAAUAAAUGUUAGCAACACAAGACAAGCUGCCGGUCCACAAUUAUUUCACAAAUGUAAAGUGACAAUCAUUCAAAAUCUAACAUUGAACAAAUGA